AUGAAUUGUACCGUCUUGUCCACCACCUCUUCCUCCAUCGUUGCGCUAGCCACCAAUUCCGCGCUGGGGUCUCGACGGUGCCAAGUGGAAGAGGACUUCCGCUGCAGGAACGGGCGGUGUUUGGACCCGAAAUUCGUCUGCGAUGGGAACGAUGACUGUGGGGAUUGGUCGGACGAGAUGUCUGAUAAGUGUCAUGAUGUCAGGUGGAAUUGUUUCAAGAAUACGUUUCAGUGUUCGCCUGGAAUUUGCAUCCCUCAGGUGAGUUUUUUGAGCGACCUGUUCCCUGGGGAGGGUUGUUGCAAAAGUGUAUGGAGUGGUCUACCUCGUAAAGUGUGCGACAAACUGAAGGACUGUCCUGAUGGUUCUGAUGAAGGCAGCCUUUGCGGUCGAUCCAAAUGCGAGAACGGAACGGGCUCGCACUUCUGCUUUCCUUCUCCCGAGGGCCCCAAGUGCUCCUGCCAUUCGUGGUACAAGCUUACCAACCAGACCAUCUGCGUCAACGGUGAAGAGUCUAAUUGCCCGUUUCUAUGCGACGGAGGAGUGUGCUUGGACGUCGGAAAACUGUGCGACGGUCGAUUGGACUGUCCGCAGGGCGACGACGAAUUGAACUGCACCGUCUUGUCCACCACCCCAUCCUCCAUCGUUGCGCUGACCACCAAUUCUGCGUUGGGGUCUCGGCGUUGCCGGUUGGAGGAGGACUUCCGCUGCAGGAACGGGCGGUGCUUGGAUCUGAAGUUUGUCUGCGACGGGAACGAUGACUGUGGAGAUUGGUCGGACGAGAUGUCUGAUAAGUGUCAUAACGUUAGGCGGAAUUGUUCCAAGAAUACGUUUCAGUGUUCGCCUGGAAUUUGCAUCCCUCAGGCAUGGGUUUGCGAUCACAAUAUGGACUGUCCCGGCAUGGAAGACGAGCGGAAUUGUCCCUGCGAGGAGUUCAAAUGCCGUUCGGGUCGAUGCAUUCCGAAAGGAUGGCGCUGUGAUAAUGAGGUGGACUGCCCGGAUGGUUCAGAUGAACUCAACUGCCAUGAAAUGGAGGUUGAACAAAAACAGUGCGACUUCGCGUGUAAGCUGGGCCAAAAGUGUGUGGAGAGAUCUAAAGUGUGCGACAUACUGAAGGACUGUCCUGAUGGUUCUGACGAAGGCGGCCUAUGCAGUCGAUCCAAAUGCGAGAACGGAACGUGCUCGCACUUCUGCUUUCCUUCUCCCGAGGGCCCCAAGUGCUCCUGCCAGCUGGGGUACAAGCUCACCAACCAGACUGCCUGCGUCGACGUUAACGAGUGCGAGCAAGCAGGGUGGUGCAGCCAUGUCUGCAUCAACACUGCGGGGUCCUUCAAGUGCGAGUGCCACCUUGGGUAUUCCCUGGACUCAAAGGACAGGAAGACUUGCCGUGCCACGGGACUCCUCGUUCUUCAUUUGCAGAUCGUGGAUGUGUCAUACGACGGAGUGGACGGGAUGGUGUAUUACUCGGACGCGACUGUGGGAGCAGGCGCUGUGUACAAGCUCCCGUUGAAGCGGAAUGCCGUCCCCCAACUCAUCGCCUCUGACCUCUCCGUCCCGGAGGGAAUCGCGGUCGACCACGCCGGAAGGAACAUCUACAUCGUCGACUCGAUGGACACGGACUCUCAAUCCAAGUCCAGGUCGAUGCCGAGGAUCUUGGUCUGCACCCUGGACGGCUCCGCCUGCCAUGUCCUCCUCAACGGGGGCAUGGAGAAGCCCCGGGACAUAGCUCUCCAUCCUGAAGAAAGGAUGAUGUUCUGGAGUGACUGGGGUGAAAAGAAGUCUGGGAUCUACCAUAGCGGGAUGGAUGGUACGGAAGUGAAAGCCUUUGUGUCCAAGAACAUCGUAUGGCCGAAUGGUCUUGCGGUGGACAGGCUCCUUAGGCUUCUCUAUUGGGCGGAUGCGAAGCUGGGUCGCAUCGAGGUCGUACACAUGGACGGCACCAACCGGGAGAUCAUCGUAGCCGAGAAGCAGAUGCACCCUUACAGUCUGGGAGUGUUCGAGGAUACGUUGUUCUGGUCCGAUUGGAGGAUGAAAGAGAUCCAGACGGCCAAUAAGUUCACGGGGAAGAAGCGGGCGACUCUGAUCAAGGAUCAAAGCGGACAUCCGAUGGGUGUGCACGUCUUCCAUCCGGUGUUGCAGAAGCCAGUAAGCAAGAAUGCGUGCUGGGAUGCAGACUGUGCUGGGAUCUGCUUGCCCAGUCUCCGUGGAACAUAUCGCUGUGUGUGCCCUGAGGGGACCUUUUUGGCUUCGGAUGGCAAAACUUGCAUCGAGGAAGAAAAUCAAUUGGUGCUGUCCGUGGACACGGGACUACUCACGCUGACGCCGCGCGAGAUCGGCCGGGACGUCGUCAGCCAUCUGCCCUUCUCCUUCUCGCGGGUCGGGGCUGUGGAUUAUGAUCCUGUGACUCGUUCCCUGUUUGUGGGCGAUGUCGUCAAGGAUAAGCUUUACCGAGUCAACUUGCAAGAGCAAAAAAUGGAUGAACUGGUGACGAACCAUUUGGGUAGUGUGGAAUCCUUGCAAGUGGAUCCACUGGGAGGCAAUUUGUACUGGGUGGAUGCCGAGCACGGGACUUUGGAAGCGAUGAACCUCGCCAAAGGUUCCGAGUCGAGAACAAUGCUUGCCCAAGAUCUUGAGUCACCCCUUGCCCUUGCUCUUCUUCCUACUUCUGGGUUUUUGUAUGUGGCCCACGGAGGGUCAAACGGACGCGGACACAUCGAUCGCUUCACCAUGGAUGGCCAAAUCCAUCAGCAUCUGGUGGAGAAGGGCAUUUCAUACCCAGUGGCCCUAAUCAUCGACUACGAUCUCCACCGGAUCUUUUGGGCGGACAAAGAGGAAGGAAGCAUCGAGAGCACGCUCUGGGAUGGAAGUGACCGUCGGCGGUUCAAGAGUUUCCUCAGUCGACCCUAUGCGCUGGCGUUCCUGGGUCAUAACCUGUACUGGUCUGAUUUGCACAGUGGGGACUUGCAUUGGGCUUCAAAGUACUCUGGGAUUUCCCUCAAGGAUAGCAGCACCAAGACCCUCAUGCUUCUUCCUGCUAAGGCUGAAGUUCCAACCAUGAUCAAAUUGACUGUAAUCUCAAAGAAAAUCCCAGGAGAAAGUUUCUUCAAUGUGAAAGGUCAGGGACACCCCUGCCAGGAAGGGAAUGGUGGCUGCAGUCAUCUGUGUGUUCCCCUCCCAUCUCGCAACAAGACCUGCAUGUGCCCAGCAGGUCUUCGCUUGGGUCCAAAUCGUCGUUCUUGCAUUCAAGAAGUGAAUUGCGGGAGCGGGGAUUUUCAAUGUCACGACGGACGAUGCAUUCCGUCCUCGUGGCACUGUGAUGGCAAUGCAGACUGCCUCGGGGAAGAGGAUGAGAAAAAUUGUGCCAAGCCCAAGAAUUCACUCUGUUCUGAAGACCAUGGCUUCCACAAACAAUGUGCUAAUGGUUGGAGCUCUUGUUUUCAUUGUCCUUCCAUUGUCACGUUUUGUGACUGCGUGCCCCAAAUAUGGUGGUGUGAUGGAGAUAAGGAUUGCAGCGAUGGUUCGGACGAGGCUGCAUGUCCUCCGCAUGAAUGUCGGGCUAUGCAAUUCAAAUGCAAGGACAGCAAGUGCAUUCCAGCGCGAUGGCGAUGUGACGGCGCGAAAGACUGUAGUGAUGGGUUCGAUGAAGAGGAUUGUCAUCUUGUCCAAUGCCCUGCUGGGGAAUGGAGAUGUGGGAACGGUCAAUGCAUUGGAGAAACCUGGAAAUGCGAUGGAUCAAGCGAUUGCCUGGACGGAUCUGACGAGAAGAACUGCAGUCUCAAAUGCGCUGCUAAUGAGUGGGCAUGUGUGGUCGAGCACCUGUGUCUGGCGAAAGAUCUCCUCUGUGAUGGCAAGGCAGACUGUAGUGACGGAGGCGAUGAGGUUGUAGAGGGAUGCAGUGCCGUGAAAGUGAAAGAUGAUAAUGGGUGUCCCCAGUCGACUCUCUCGUGUUUGACCUCUAAGGGAGACGAGUGCUUGCCCCUGAGUGCCAGGUGCAAUGGAUCUGUGGAAUGUGUGAAUGCAGUGGAUGAGCUGGGAUGCUGUCAGUCACAAGAGUUCCUCUGUGAUGAUGGUCGGCGGUGCGUCCAUACUACAUGGCUUUGCGAUGGUCAAAGAGACUGUGAAGAUGGCUCUGAUGAAGCCCAGGAAACCUGCAAGGGGAAAGCAAUAGCCAUAACAAACUUUAAACCCAAUGCCUUAUUCCUAGGGAAAUGUGAGGAAGGGGAAUACCCCUGCCUAAAUGGAGGUUGCAUCAAUCAAACUCAACUAUGCGAUGGGCAUGCAGACUGCAUUGAUGCCUCAGAUGAGGGUGGUGCCUGCAAAACAAGUUGCAAUGAGGGGAACCACCAUUGUACUCAGACCUGUCAGCCAACUCCUCGUGGCGCAAUAUGUGGCUGCAAAGCAGGCUAUCAUCUUCUAGUGGAUGGAGCAACUUGUGAUGACAUCGAUGAGUGCACUGGUGCCCUGGGGCCGACUGAUGCUCCCUGCAUGCAAAAGUGCAUCAACACAAAAGGCAGCUUUAAAUGCGAAUGUAUGCCUGGCUACAAACUGACAGUUGAUGGGAAAACUUGCAAGGUGGAGGCAGAAAGGACACAGUUACUAAUUUCAGCAUCAGGAAAAAUUCAGUCUCUGCAGUUGGGUGGAAAAGUCCAGACCCUCGAAUCCUUUCCAAUCCAUAGUGCUCAUGCUAACAUCACAUCCCUGGACGUUGACGUCCAAAAUCACCGCAUCUUCUGGACAGAUGGAGUGGAUGGCACAGUGAUGAGCAUGAGAAAGGAAGAGGGGGAUGUCAAAGUCCAUGUGCAGGGUAUCACGCGUCCUUCUCAUCUUGCAUACGAUUGGAUUUCAAACAACUUUUACUUAACAGAACGGACUUUGGCAAAUCACUACAACAUUAUGGUCUGUACAAAUAAAGAGGUUGCAGGUACUGAGAAGUGUCAUACCCUCAUGAAGCUUAGCAGCUUGUAUGUAGGGGCAUUGCUGGUGGAUCCAUUGAAAGGUUGGUCAGCUGGUCGUGGGAUGAUGUCACCCUGGGGCUCUGUGAAGCGCAGCAAUCUUGAUGGAAGCAAUACAGCUUAUGUGGCAGGAGAGAACGUGAAGCAACCCAUGGGACUGGCAUUGGAUCCAACUGGAGAAUGGCUUUUUUGGGCUGAUGCAUCCAAGGGCAGCAUUGACUAUACUUUGUCUGAUGGCACCCGUCCAGUCAGAUCCCUCUCACUCCGGAAGAUGGAUGUGCCAUUACAGCUGGCUUUGUGGGAGGAUGUGAUUAUGUGGACGGAUGCAAAGUCCUCUGUGCUCAACUUAUGCCACGUCAAGGAAGAGGUAUCAGAGUGGCUUGCCUAUCUCUACCUCAAGCACUAUCAUGGAGUAAACAUCAAGCUCCCAGCUUUAUCAGAGAGAUGGCCCAAAGAUUGGCCUGGGAAAGGACUUGGACGUGCCUGGUGGUCUCGUGGGAAGGGACUGUUGAACCAUGAUGUGCUGGCUGAGACUCAUGCCCAUGAGGUUGAUGGGAAGUCCCUGCCCCACACAAACAAGGGAAGCCCACCUAUAUACAGGUGCUCCUCAUUCCCAGCUAUGGAUGGUCACGACUCACUUGGAGCUAAUCUCAAACUCAAAACUUCUGACUUCAAGUACACUGGACUGCCAGAUUCUGGAUUCCUUGGAUCAAGCCCAGAAGAUGCUGAGCGGCAGGAGUGGUAUGAAGUGAAACCUGAAUGAGAAUCUGAGUUUUCUUUAGAACAAGAUUCUCUACCGGCUGUGAUGCUUCAAGAACUUUCUUCCUGUUGAUGGCAGAUUUCAAUGGGGCACCAGUGGUGCCUGAUUUGUUGUUGUCCUUUUUAUGUUUGUGUUCAAAUUUUAUACUCAAGUUUUAUAGAAUUUCAAAUGAAGUAUAUUGAGGGAUGGAAAAGAUGCUCCUUUUAGUUCUGAGUAAAAAAAAAAACUUUUUUCCAACAGUUUCAUUCUAUGCUACCUAGAAAAGACUACCUCUAGGAAACUUCAACCCUUAACCCCAGCAAAGUAACUGCAAACAGAUAAUUGCAAAAAUCAUAGGAGAUGGCAAUGUUUGGG